AAAGGCCCAUUUUAUCUAAUGGAAAAGUGGGAGGUGAAAGACAUGACAGAGGGAGGGGUCGACGCUCCGAUCAGAAAGCAUGGAGCAUUGGAAGGAUAAGGUUGCUGUCGUAACCGGAGCCAGCGCCGGGAUCGGGAAGGCUGUGGCGGCCAAGCUGGCUGAAGAGGGGAUGCGAGUGGUCGCUGUGGCAAGGAGGAAGGAGAGGCUACAGGAACUUGCAGACCAAUAUAAAGGAAGGAUAUAUCCAUUACCUUGCGAUGUUACCAAAGAUCAAGAGCUUGUUGAUCUAUUCAAAAAAAUAAAUGAUACGAUUGGACCAGUUCAUGUUCUCGUAAACAAUGCUGGUAUUGCCUACCAGACAAGUGUUUUAGUAUCUCCUCACAUGGAAUACCGGAGGGACUUGGAAAACAUGUUUAUAAUGCGACAAAACAUGCAGUUCGGGUUAUAACUGAAGGUGCAAGAAUGGAACUAGCUCAGCAAAAGUCAGGAAUUAAAGUAUCCACAAUAUGCCCAGGUGUGGUAGAAACUGAAAUUUUCGAUGUUGGAGGUUGGGGCAACUCCUAUACAGCAGGUGAUAAUCCACUUCUCCAACCGAAAGCCAUCGCAGAUGCUGCAGUCACACUUCUCAGCACGCCCCAUUCAACACAUAUUGCUGAUUUGGUUAUAAGACCAUUGGGUGAAACAGUAAUGGCUUAAAAUGUCAACUUUUUUAAUAUUUUAAAUUGUGUACUGUAAUUUAAAUAAAUAUUAUAUUUUUACUAAUCUAAAUUAA